AUGGGAGCUCAUCCUAUACUGAACAAUCCACUGCCUUGUGGCAUCUCUGAACUAGCUCAAGAUGUCAAGAUUAGUGUUGGGUCUGUGGACAAAAUCACUCAUAACCACCUACAUAUGCAAAAGUUGUUUGCUCGAUGGGUUCCCAGGUUACUCACACCUCUCCAGAAGCAAAAACAUAUUAAUUGUUCCAAGGCUCUUUUUGCCAUGUUUCAAGGAAACCUGGAGGACUUUUUGACAGACCAAUUAUGCAGGAUGAAACUUGGGUCCAUCCAUGAUCUAGAAACUAAGGGCCAGUCAAAACAAUGGAAGCAAUGUCACUCACCCCCCAAAAAAUAG